AUGCCUGGCUCUGUUCACUCUCAAGAUCCCCAGGAUCAGUCUAUGGUGGACGCCGUUGAGCAGCCCCAAGAAGAGCUUGUCCUGGAUGAGCGCCGCAUUCUGGUGCUACCCGGCUCUUCCGAAACUGCCGCAUCAUUCCAGUUCGAGGGAGAAGGUCAUACCAUGGGUAAUGCGCUGCGAUUUGCUAUCAUGAAGAACCCUGCUGUUGAAUUUUGCGGUUACACCAUUCCUCACCCUUCCGACGCAAAGAUGCACCUCCGCAUCCAAACUAUUGAAACAACCACUGCCCUAGAAGCUCUUGAGAAGGGAUUCAACGACCUGAUGGAUCUGUGUGAUGUUGUUACUGAAAAAUUUACCGCUUCUCGCGACCAGUUCAACGAGGAGAACAGCAACAAGAUGCAAUCUUGA